UUGAAAUGUCUUAACAAUAGAGCAAAAAGCAGAUCUUUAUAGAAACGCGGCUACGGUGUCCUGCGAGGCUCAGUCCUCUUUCGUUAGGCGAUUUAGAUUCGUUAGGUGGCCUCUGUUAGUUAAGAUGGGAGAUAUGAUUUUCGAAGAACUGGAAGAUUUGGUUCAUUUCUCCGUCCACGACCUGCCUAAUCGGGGCUACGCGGUGAUGGAGGAAAUCAGACGACAGGGGAAACUCUGCGAUGUCACCCUGAAGGUCGGAGACCACAAGUUCAGUGCCCACAGGAUUGUCCUGGCUGCUUCCAUCCCGUACUUCCACGCCAUGUUCACCAACGACAUGGUGGAGUGCAAGCAAGAUGAGAUCAUCAUGCAGGGCAUGGACCCCAGUGCACUCGAGGCCCUGAUUAACUUCGCUUAUAACGGUCACGUGGCCAUCGACCAGCAGAACGUGCAGUCUCUUCUGAUUGGUGCCAGUUUCCUGCAGCUGCAGAAUGUGAAGGACGCAUGCUGCUCCUUCCUACGCGAGAGGUUGCAUCCCAAGAACUGUCUGGGGGUGCGGCAGUUUGCGGAGACCAUGAUGUGCACCACGCUGUAUGAUGCAGCCAACAGCUUCGUUCACCAGCACUUUGUGGACGUCUCCAUGUCGGAGGAGUUCCUGGCUCUGCAAGUGGAGGAACUGCUGGAGCUGGUUGGCUGCGAUGAGCUCAAUGUCAAGGCUGAGGAACAGGUGUUCGAGGCAGUGCUAGCAUGGGUCCGGCACGACCAAGAUCUGCGCGGCUCGCUCCUCCCAGAAUUACUCGCCAAGACUCGACUGCCGCUGUGCCGCCCCCAGUUCUUGGCCGACCGCGUGCAGCAGGACGACCUGGUGCGAUGCUGCCACAAGUGCAGAGACCUGGUAGACGAAGCCAAAGAUUACCAUCUGAUGCCAGAGCGACGUCCCCACCUGCCAGCCUUCAAGACACGGCAACGAUGCUGCACCUCCAUCGCAGGACUCAUCUAUGCAGUGGGGGGGUUGAACAGUGCAGGCGACUCUCUAAACGUGGUAGAGAUGUUUGACCCAAUUGGGAACUUUUGGGAGCGCUGUCAGCCAAUGAGCACGACCCGAAGUCGAGUGGGCGUGGCAGUGGUCAACGGACUUCUGUACGCCAUUGGAGGAUACGAUGGCCAGUCACGGCUUAGCACCGUUGAGGUUUAUAACCCAGAGACGGAUACUUGGACCCAGGUGGCCAGUAUGAACAGCAAACGCAGUGCGAUGGGCACCGUGGUGGUGGACGGACUCAUCUAUGUGUGCGGAGGCUACGACGGCAAGUCGUCCCUAAGCUCUGUGGAGUGCUAUUCUCCCGAAGCUGACAGGUGGACAGCCGUGACGGAGAUGACGGCGAGUCGCAGUGCAGCUGGGGUCACGGUGUUUGAUGGGAGAAUUUUUGUAUCAGGCGGUCAUGAUGGUCUUCAGAUCUUCAACACGGUGGAGUACUAUAACCAGCACACGGCCCUGUGGCACCUGGUGACGGGGAUGACGAACAAACGGUGUCGCCAUGGCGCCGCAGCCCUCGGCAGCCAGCUCUACAUUGUGGGAGGAUACGACGGUUCGGGAUUCUUGAGCAGCGCGGAGGUGUAUAGCUCUGUGGCAGACCAGUGGAGCCAUCUAGUGGCCAUGAACACACGCCGCAGCAGGGUCUCAUUGGUAGCCAGCUGCGGCCGGUUGUAUGCUGUGGGCGGCUACGACGGACAGUCUAAUCUCAAUUCAGUGGAGAUGUACGACCCAGAGACGAACCGUUGGUCUUACAUGGCUCCUAUGGUGUGUCAUGAGGGUGGGGUGGGAGUUGGGUGUAUACCCCUCCAGCCAGCCUAGCCCUACACAAGCAGACUGUCCUUCCUUGCAUUUUUCUUUUUACUAUGUUUUUACUUUUUAUUAUCUGGUAACUUCUCCUGGACUUCCGGACGUCAGUGUAAUUAAUAAUGUAUCUAUCUGAUUGGCCUGCCCUCCUUCCUUGAGAGGAAGAAAUAAUUUGGUGCUGAUUGGGCCGGUUACAUUUCCGUCAGCGUCUCUGACUCACGUGUCAGGUCUGCACGGGUUUGAAGACGGUGAGUUUUCAGGACAGACGAAGAACUGAAGAUGUCCCUCAAGGCUGCGUGUGGAAGACGGAGCCCAAGCGUGAGCUGAAUCAGGAUCUGAAGAUGAGCCCCUCAUCAUCUCGGACCUUCCUCAGAUGUAUCGUCGCUGUGUAGCAGGAUGGCAAGCAGGGGUGGGGGGGGGGGGAAAUGAGGGCUUUCGGUCCUCAGGGUGCUGGAAAUGACACCAGGGACGCCAUGAUGGCGCCGAUGGAUGAUCAGCUGCUGAUGAGAGGAGGUGUCGCUCAUGAACUGGGAGCAAAGAUUUGGGAUAAAAUGGUACUACUGCACCAAGGGGACCAGCGAUAGGCUGACUGGUGCUGGGAGGAACAUGGGAUCAAUUAAAGAGACUUAUAUGAUGAUCAUGACCACAGCAAAUGUUGGGUUUAACGUUGAAGCAGAAUCAUCGUUUAUCAUAUGUAAAGGGUGCCUGUGGUGGAGGUUCUGCAAACGGCGGCUUUUGUUGGAGUUUGAAACUGACAUGCAGAGUGGCGUGCUGAUGUCUGUACGGGACGUGGCCUUGCUUUGUUUAGGUCCUGGAGCUGAGGAUGAGAAUUAGACCCAAACUUCCAGCACUUUUGUUUUCUUAGAUAGCCUUUAUGCCGCUGGGCGUUACAUAUCUUCUGAUCAUUCCAGGACCAAAGUGCAUCACCGUGGCCGGGUCUGACUCCCACUACUUGUAUCACAUGCCUCUAGUUGUCAGUUUACAGACACACAAGUGUUACGGUAAUGUUAAUGUCUUGCUUGCUUAUCUAAUGAUUGUCGAGGCGAGGAAGCCUGUAUAGUGAAAAUUCCACUCUGAGCUUGGGACUGUCAGUCUCCUUGUGUACAUACAACUCUGUGUCUCUCUGCUGCACAGUAUGUUGCAUAUUUCACAUGAGUUAACUACUGUGACUUUAGAAUAUUGAUUCCGCUGUCAUUCCUGCUUUUUUAUUUCUCUAUAGGCAUCAUGAUUGCAGUAUUUUUACAUUAAGAUUUGGUACUGUACCUCAGACUUUGUAUUUAUUUACUUUAAUAUUUCAACUCUGGUUGCUGUUGUGGUGCCUAACCCUGCAAAUGGAUUUUUACGUCGCUAUAAUUCCAUAUGAAUCUGAAUGUUAGAUGAACGGUGGGUCCCUCCAUGCCCCACCCAAGUCUGUGUACCUACCUCUGAAUAAGAGCCUGCUCUUUGUUUCCAGGUUCUUCUCAUUAAAGAGUGAGAAAUGUG